CUAGCCUCAGUCGCGCUCCGCGGCCAACUUGGUACACACGCCACUUUGUUGUUCCUCCGUCGCGGAGAGAGCUCCCGUAUCGCGUACGCGUUUUCCCGUACGCUAUCGUGCCUCGCGUCCGCGGGGGUUGAUCGUGCCGCGUUAUUCGUCCUCGAUCCGUCAUUGAUCGCCGAACGGGACUGAUCCGUCGAAUUCCACGUUGAUUUCGACUGUGUCGCGGCAAUUCGAUCGCGGUACUUCCCCGCGUUCGAUCAACGACGCAGUUGAACCAGACGUUCGCGUCUAACGAACGCAAGUGCCGUCCUGUCGUGUGCGCGAAUAUACUGUCCAUGAAGGUGACGAAGUCUGCCGUUUCCAUCGUGAACGGAAGAGAAAAGGAUCCGUGAAGAGGCAGACCACCGCAACCACCGAGGAGUUCGUCGCUCGAGCCGAUCGUCGUUCACGAAGAUCAUCACGGAAGAUCUUCCGCGGGAGGAUCAACGGGAUCCUCCUCUGAUCUGCGUCGCCGGCUACGGGAGGCCGUCAGGGAUUUCAUGAUCACGAAUUUCAGUAAACCAGGGUCGGGAUUGGAGAUAGACAAGAUGGACCAACAGUAUUGUCUACGGUGGAACAAUCAUCCAGCCAACCUCACAGACGUUCUCAGCUCCUUACUUGCCAGAGAAGCACUCUGCGACGUUACCCUGGCUUGUGUUGGGGAGACUUUCAAGGCACACCAGACGAUACUCUCUGCAUGCAGUCCGUAUUUUGAGAGCAUUUUCCUCCAGAAUACCCAUCCCCAUCCAAUUAUAUUCCUGAAGGAUGUCAAUGACACGGAAAUGAAGGCAUUGCUGCACUUUAUGUAUAAGGGAGAAGUUAACGUUAGUCAGCAUCUACUACCGAUGUUCCUUAAAACCGCAGAGGCAUUACAGAUUAGAGGCCUCACAGAUAAUAGUGUAAAUCACAAGACAGAAGAGAAAAGUCCAUCGCCAGAACCAGAAACACAAAUUGGUGUUAGGCAUACCGAUUCGCCUAACCUUCAGCCUCUUCCCGAGAAGAGGAAAAGAAAGGCUUCGGGCAGCUACGAUGUUUCCCUUAGUGGUCCACCCAGUGAACGGUUCAUGUCUGAUUCUCAGGCAUCUUCACAAUGUAGUUACAAAUCGAGCCCUCCUGUGAUUCCAAAGUUAAAUAAUGCCUUGGGAGGUGAAAUGGAAGAUGGUGGUCGACCCAUGUCCCCUGCAUCACAGCCGCAACCUUCUAUCAAGCAAGAGUUAGAUCAUCACUUACCAGACUUUCAUGACAACAUCUCCCUCCCAGGACAUCCAGUUGGGUUGCUAGGAGACGAUGGGGGUGCCACGGCAGGCGCGCUUAGCGAUGGCGUGUCAGGGAUUGAAUCGUCCGAACACCAUAAUCCCCCAGAAAUGCUCGACGGACUUGAUGUUGCGUGGUGUGGAGUGGAACAUUGUGAUAUAAUAGAUUGGUGCUAACACCUUAUUGAAAUUGAAGAUGAAUUUAAUGAAACGAUGAUGAUGAUGAUAAUGAUGAUGAUGAUGAUCAUAAUGAUGAAGAUGAUGAUGAUGAUGAUGAUGAUGAUGAUAGGAGAAGAUGAUGAUAAUGAUGAUGAUGAUGAUGAUGAUGAUGAAAAAAUAAUCGUGCAAUAUUGCGAUAGUAAAAAUGCGAGCCGUAGGUCGCUGUCACUCGUCGAAUAAAUUAAGUUUCCCAAGCGGUUGCGUUGUACAACCCCGCAGGGAACGUGGGCGAGGCACAAAACGAGUGAAAAUCACGUUUCCGUUCACUUUUCCAAGUCGUCGCGUCACACAACAUUUGGCCAACGAUUUCACGCGAUGUUCAGCUAUUUCUAAGAAAAAGUAUCGCGGACGACGAUCGUUCUGUCUGUCAUUGAAAUCGAGAAAUCUCUUUGUCUCCCAGCUUCCCUUUCUCUUCGUCUCUGCACCCUUGUCCGCCAUCCCGUGUCUCUGUCACGGUAUCCGUAAUUCGGUUCUCCAAUUCGAGGGUUGUUUUAGGAACCUUGAAAGAUUUCAUCGGAGGUCUCAAUAAAUCUAAUUAGAGGGCUGAAUAAUCGUCCAUGGAAUUUCUUUGCGAAAAUUUGUACCAAAGUGCUUCGAGGAUCCGUGAAACUUAGAAAAUUUAGAAAUCGUUGUUAUCGUAUUAUUAGUUGAAAACGUUGGUAAUAUUGGUAAGCUUUCAGCGCUUUGGCUUCGAGCGUUUCUUGAGACAAUCGGAUCUUUCAAUGUUUGAUAUGCGUUUAGGAGGUUAUAAAUUGUUGUAAUAUAAUAUGGGAUUUGAGGGUUUAGUCGUACGGUAGCUUAUAGAGGACGAAAGUAUGGAAAUUGUUAAGUAUUAUUGUCGAUAUUGUGCAGAGACGUUUGAUCAUUUUACGGUCUAUCCUAGCCCCCAUCGGGCAAACGGGCAGCCAUUUUUGUGCGUGACAAGUGGUUGCAAUCGGGAAAGUAUGAAAAUGUACGAAUGAAAAUGUGAAGCAACAUUUCUUAGUACUAAAACUUCAUUUUUGAGAAUAUUCUUGAACGAAUCCUAUUCAAUCUUUUGCUAUAUUAUUCUUAAAUAAAAUCAAUAUUGUGACUUUGAUUUAGAAAAAAGAAUAUUACGUGUUAUAAAUGCGAUACAGUAAUUCCUACUGAAGUUACUCCGUACUAAAAAAUAUAAUCCACAUUUCCAUUAAAAUGUUUCACCAUUUUCCAUACGAUUUCACCGCUUGUCGCGCGACAUUUCCCACCACAGAAUUCUCGAGACUCACAUUUACUUCGAGGUACUAACUUCACCUUGCGCGAUUAUUUGAUCGAAUCAGGGACCAAUAAUAACUUUUCCCGGUUACCAUAAAAAUUCCUAGAGUUUUGUUCGCUGCCUUCGAAGCGACUCCCAGAGCGUUGAAGUCGAAUCUGGAUCGUUUGACCGUUCGAGGUCGCUUUCUCCCACCAAGAAUCGCGUCGAACGCGACUCCCACUUAUUUCCUAGCCGCGUCAGCGUAAAAAGGGGCGUGGUGACCGAACGGUGUGGUGGGGGUGGCCUCUUGGCGGCCUUUGGCAGCCAAAGAAUCUUGCUUCGACCAACAACGCGACGCAGGAUCGCUCGUCACGAAGUUGACGCGUCGAUAUCGGCCUCUUGAUCGUGUUUGCGUCAGAAUAGCUAACGGGGCACGAUGGGUUCGAUGAAAUCGAGAUACAGAGGAAAUGGGGAGAGUUCAUGGGAGGUGGAGAGAGAGAGAGAAAGAGAGAGAGAUAGAGAGUCGUGUACGAGAAUAGCGACGAGAAGAAAAGAAACUAUGGCUGUGCAAGUGAACAUUAUGAGUGUAGUUACAUAGGUGUAGGUGUUACCUAGGGACUAGGUUUAGCUGAUCAUAGGAUAAGGAGCACGUAUAGGACGUUUUGUUUUCACCUCGGCGAGUGACAGCGUCCCGUUCGCUAGUGUACAUUACCGAACUAAAUAAAAAAAAAAAGUACUAUUAUUAAUAUCUCUUUAUAUAUUAAUAUAUACAAAAGUACGGAAUUAAUUAUGGAUAUAUAUGUAUAUACACACAACAAUGGUAUAUGUAUAUAUCUAUCUUCGUAUGAAUAUAAAUAUGAAUAUAAAUAUAAAUAUAAAUAUAAAUAUAUAAAUAAAUAAAUAUAUAUAUACAUUUUGUUAUUUUUCUCGGGGGAAUGAUAUAAAACUGUAAUAAUUGUAAAUCGUGCACAGGGGCCUCGGCGUUCCCCGGUGCGACUACUGAGCGUGUUCUACUCAUCAUUUAAAAAAGAAAGAAAGAGUGAGAGCGAGAGAAAAAGAAAAGAAUAAGAAAAUCGGCGCGCGACUGUAGACUGAAAGUUUGUGAUUUUGCACGGCACGUGUAAAUAGGAAGAAAAUAAGAAAAUGAGCCUCUAAUAGAAUUCAACGUGUAGGGUGAGAAAGGCGAGGUGAGAGUAAAUCCAUCAACCGUUGCAUUUUCGCGUGUGCAAGAACAGUGAGAAUGAGAGAGAAAGAGAGAGGAAAUGCGUGUCAGAGAAGAAGGAAUCAAAUCGACACGGUCCUUCUUCCCCAAAUACCCCCUCUCCCUGGCCCAAAACAAAAAAUCCUCAACCUCUAUUCACAAGCUCCGAAAACAUUCGAAGAAAAUGAAAAAUCACACACGAAACAACCUCACCUCUUUUCGUUCCGUUUCUCUUUGAUUUUGUUUCGUUACCGUCCAUGAUGGCUCCCUGCACCCGUGUCUCGCUUCUAUCUCUACCUUUUCUUCCAUUCCCUCGUUUGGACUCGUUGCGGCACUAUGCACACAGCAAUCCGAGCGGAGCUUAGGCUCUGUUACUGUUGAAAAGGGUAUGGCAUCUCGCGAGACGCGAAAGCUUCGCCAGAGCGAGCCUUCCGUCGUCGUCGUCGUCGUCGUCGUCGUCGUUGUCGUCGUCGUCGUCGUCGUCGUCGUAAUCGUCGUCAUCGUUGUCGUUGUCGUUGGACGUGAACGAGGAUGUCGACGCCGUGGUCGUCGCUGUCCAUCAGUCUCGAUCGGUCGACGUCGCGAUUCUCGUCCACGGGACGCUGUUAACGAUGGCCGAUGUCGACCACCGCGACGACGUCGACGUUCAAACGGCUCGGACGAAGAAUCAUUGUAUCACUUUGGCUCCGACGAAAACGUACAAUAGGGCGCACUUACCGAUGAAAAAUGAUACUUGGGAAGCGAAACAAAAAAUAUAUAUAUAUAUAUAAACAGAAAUAACCGUUGAACCAUGCAGGUACAAGGACUAACGAUCAUAGGGCGUAAUCGAUUUUAUUACGAGAAAUUAUUCUUACUACUUCUUAUUGUUACUACGAUUAUAUUCUUAUUCUUAUGGUUACUCUAACAUGCAAGUGUUAUGUUACGAUUGCAAUUAUUAUAUACACCUUUAAUUAUAGUGUAGAUAAUAUAUGGAUGAUGAGGAUAAUGAAACAAACAAAAAAAAAAAAAUAUGGAGAAUUAAUCACAUGUGCAUUUAAUGUAUUUCAUACUAAUUUUUUGAUUAAACAUAAUUGUGUGUUAA